AGCCGCCGAAUAACUGCUCGGGCUCGCGGCUGCUUCACACCGAGGUGCUACGGCGCCAGCCUAGGGGGGCUCUGCCCAGCGACAGGGACAGUGCCACGCGAGGCCCGCCCCUCCGCAGGGCUCAGCUCUGACACACCUUCCCCGGGGCCGCGAGUAGAACCAGCUGCAUCGGUGGGGAGAGCGAGUGACACCCCCACCUCCACCCCGUGUGUGCCAUGCAGGAUCCAAAUGAAGAUACGGAAUGGAAUGACAUAUUAAGAGAUUUUGGAAUUUUACCUCCAAAAGAUGAGCCAAAAGAUGAAACUGAAGAAAUAGUUUUACGUUUACAGAAAGAAGCAGAGGUGAAACCGUUUGAAAGAAUGACUCUUAAAGAACUAAAUGAAGCUGAAGAUGGCUUUGAUGAGGAUGAUAUGAAAGCUCUUGAAAUGUAUAGGCAACAGCGGUUGCAAGAAUGGAAAAUUCUUCAGAAAACACAAAAAUAUGGGGAUCUGAGAGAAAUUUCUGGUGAGCAAUAUGUGAAAGAAGUCACAAAUGCUCAGAAGGAUGUGUGGGUUGUAAUUCAUCUAUAUAGAUCAAGCAUCCCACUAUGCUUACUAGUUAACCAACAUCUCAGCCUGCUAGCCAGAAAGUUUCCAGAAAUCAAGUUUAUCAAAGCCAUUGUGAACAGCUGUAUUCAAAACUACCAUGACAGAUGUUUGCCCACAAUUUUUGUGUACAGAAAUGGUCAGAUAAAGGGCAGGUUCAUUGGAGUUACUGAAUGUGGAGGGACAAAUCUUAAACUAGAAGAGCUUGAAUGGAAGUUAGCACAAGUUGGAGCAAUAGAAACUGACUUAGAAGAAAGCCCCAAACAAAACAUUACCGAUAUGAUGAUGUCUUCAGUUCGAAGUGCUUCUGUUCAUGACACCAGCUGUGCUAGUAGGGACAAUGAUGAGACCAAAUGUUACUCACAUAGGAAUUUUUAAUGCUAGUACUCUGCACUGAUGUUUUUAUGUUUGGUCAACAUAUGCAUGUUUAUUACUGGUUUCAUAAAUCUGAAGCAAUGCAGAGAUUUGUUUUAUGUUUAUACUUGCAGUUUAAACUUCUAGAAAAUAAUUAAUAUACUGUCUAAAGGUCAAAUUCUACCCUUGGAGAUACAUGGCUCAUAUUGACCUGGAAGGGCCUUGAUUCUCCGCUUCAUCUAAGUUCCGCUCAACUGGAAUAGAGAGGUGGGGUCACAGGGAGCUAACCGUUGCAUUCUGAUUCAGGGCUGCCUGGCAUCAGGGCAAGAUGGGAUGCACAGGGGUAAUACUAGUGUCACUGAUUAACGAUUGAGUGUAACUGAACUCCACUGUGCCAAACCUUUUCCCCAUUUCUCCCAUCAAGAAUCUAGCCCAAAGGAUAUUAUAGGCACACCCGUCUAGGAGCAGGAUUUAGCCCUUAAUCUGUUGAAUAAUGCAGUUUUUUAGUACCUGAGAACUGCAUUUAGUAAUCUUCUCCACUGCCAAGGAUAAUUCUCCAACUGUUUCUAAUACUGACAAUUAGUAUCAGUUUUCUUGAAGAGGAACUGAUGCUUACUUCAAAGUAGUGCAGUACAGUCAUGGAUGAACAAAGCCUAAAGUGAUGGAUAUAAAUGAGGGGAAACAUGUCCUAAUUCAGCAUUAUUAGGUAUUGUGGCUAUAUUUCAGAUAAUAUAAUAAUGUACUUUCAUCAUGCUCUCCUCAUGUCCUCAACUGAAAAAGUCUCAUUGCACUAAUGAAGACCUCUAUAUAGAGUCUACUCAGGACAUGUCUACACUUAAAA